AUGCAGAUCUUUGUCAAGACCCUCACGGGGAAGACCAUCACUCUAGAUGUUGAGCCAUCAGACACUAUCGAGAACGUAAAGGCAAAGAUUCAAGACAAGGAGGGAAUUCCUCCUGAUCAGCAGCGUCUUAUUUUUGCCGGCAAGCAGCUGGAAGAUG